ACCCAAACACUAGACACUGCCUUGUUGUAUUGGAAAUUGACGUCUUUUGAGCACUGCUGAAUAUAAGGCAUUUGUUUAAUUUGUUAUUAUUUGUAACAUUUGUAAUAAUUCCUGACAGCGUUAUUAAAUCCAAAAAGAAUAGAGAAGCAUUGAGCCUGUCUGAGAGAGAACGAGAGAGCGAGAAAUAGAGAGAGGGGGAGAAAGAGAGAGAGAGAGGUGUUGACUUUUGUGACGACACACCAACUAUCGUCAACCUGUGGAUAGGGUACCACCCCUCCCCCCCCUCACACUUUCGACGGACACGUGAAGUAGGGGGGCGAGCAAGUGCAAGCAGAAAGUUGAAGCGUCGUGCGCCAUACCCGCUUCGUGAAUGGCCCCAUUAUGGAGGAGAUACCAUUCCAAAGAGUCAAGACCCGGCGGAGGAAGGGUCACUGCCCGGCGGGUGCACCCCUGGACGCCAUCGUGUGCGAGGACGAGUUCAACAGCCAGGAGCUGGAAGCUCUUUUCCAGAACUACAACCUGAAGCUGGAGCAGACGGCCACCCUUAAGGCGCUCGCGGUGCUCAUCGUCGCCGCGUCGUCGCUGUCCCUCGUGGAGCUGCUCUCCAACCCGCGUCUCACCCUGUCCAAGGGCUCCAACCCCGUGCACUGCGUGGUUUUCCUCUCGCUUUUCAUCGUCACUAAUGUCAAAUACCUGCAAGUGACGCAGCUGCAGCAAACGGCCAAGCUCGCUUUGCUCUUCAGCUUCACCUUCGCGCUGCUCUGCUGCCCCUUCCCGCUGGCCCUGAGCACGUCGGAGCCGGUGGGCGCCCCCGCACCCGAGCAAGGCGUGUGGCAGCUCAUGCUGGUCACCCUGGUGGCUUACAUGCUGCUGCCGGUACGGACUCUCUUGGCCGUGCUCUUCGGCUUCAUGCUGGCUACGUCCCACUUUAUUGUCAUCUCUACGUCCAUCACCAGGAAGACACAGGAACUGUGGCGACCGAUGGCGGCCAAUGCCGUGCUUUUUAGCAGUGUCAACAUGUUGGGGGUGUUUGUGAGGAUUCUCACCGAGCGCACACAGAGGAAAGUCUUCCUGCAAGCCCGCAACUGCAUUGAGGAGAGGCUGAGACUGGAGGACGAGAACGAAAAACAGGAGCGUCUGCUUAUGAGUCUGCUGCCCAGGAAUGUUGCCAUGGAGAUGAAGGAGGACUUUCUAAAGCCCCCCGAGAGGAUCUUUCAUAAGAUCUACAUUCAACGUCAUGAUAAUGUCAGCAUAUUAUUCGCAGAUAUUGUGGGUUUCACCAGUCUGGCAUCCCAGUGUACUGCGCAGGAAUUGGUCAAAUUGCUCAAUGAGCUCUUUGGAAAGUUUGAUGAACUUGCUACAGAGAAUCACUGCAGGCGAAUAAAGAUCCUGGGCGACUGUUAUUACUGCGUAUCAGGGUUGACCCAACCCAAGGCUGACCACGCCCACUGCUGUGUAGAGAUGGGCCUUGACAUGAUUGACACCAUAGCGUCAGUGGUAGAGGCAACAGAGGUGGACUUGAAUAUGCGUGUCGGACUACACACAGGGAGGGUGCUGUGCGGAGUACUCGGCCUCAGGAAAUGGCAGUAUGACGUCUGGUCAAACGAUGUCACUUUGGCGAAUGUGAUGGAGGCCGGAGGACUGCCUGGUAAGGUUCACAUCACAAGAACCACACUGGAGUGUUUAAAUGGUGACUACGAGGUGGAACCUGGGUUCGGCCACAAGAGACACGCCUUCCUUCAGAAACAUCACAUAGAGACAUUUUUCAUCGUGCCAUCACACAGACGCAAAAUAUUUCCUGGUUUAAUUCUGUCUGACAUCAAACCAGCAAAGAGGAUGAAGUUCAAGACUGUGUGCUAUCUGCUCGUGCAACUCAUGCACUGCAGAAAGAUGUUCAAGGCAGAGAUCCCCUUUUCAAAUGUAAUGACCUGUGAGGACGAUGACAAGCGGAGAGCCUUAAGGACUGCAUCUGAGAAGUUACGAAAUCGGACGUCUUUCUCAGCUUCCACCAUCCAGCAUUCACCUGGAACAAGAGUCAACCGCUACAUUGGACGCCUAAUCGAAGCUCGGCAGACUGAGUCAGGAACAUCAGAUCUAAAUUACCUGACCUUGUUCUUUCGGAACAGAGACAGGGAGCGAAGGUAUAACCAGAUGUUUGAUGAGCAUUUCACUGGCGCAGUGGUUGUCUCUCUGAUCCUGGCUGCAUUCUUUGGCCUUAUCUAUCUGUUAAUGAUCCCUAAGGGGAUAUUGGUACUGCUUCUCUUGGUGUUAUGCGUUUGUUUUCAUGUGGCCUGUGUCAUGUACCUACAUCUUACAAGUGUUCAGUGUCAACCAGGCUGCCUCACCAUCCAGAUACGAACAGUCGUGUGUGUCUUCCUUGUUUUGCUGUCUUAUUCUGUUACACAGGCCUGCAUGGUGGGAUUUAUUCCGUGGGGUCGAGUUCAAAUCCGAUGCAACAACUCUGUGCAGGAUUCCACUGCAGACAUGUUUGGUGUUGAACCCCCUAACAGCACAGCUGCAGAUAGAGCUGGUUUAAACGUGGCAUAUGCGCUGUUGUCCUGUUUAGCUGGUACACUCACCAUUGUCCCCUACCUCAGAGUGUCUUCACUCGCAAAAAUCCUCCUGCUCCUCCUUCUCUCCAUCACUUACACAGUCAUCAUGGAGACCAGUGGGUAUCGCCAAGCUGUCGGUGGUGGUUUUCUCCACACUCGGGGUUAUGAUCCUGUGUUGGCAGUCCUGCUAUUCUCUGGAGCUCUGGCUCUCCACUCAAGACAGCUCGACCUGAAGCUGCGUCUUGACUACCUGUGGGCAACUCAGGCAGAAGAGGAGAGAGACGACAUGGAGAAAGUGAAACUGGACAACAAAAGAAUCCUGUUCAACCUGUUACCAGCGCAUGUGGCUCAACAUUUCCUCAUGUCAAACCCCAGAAACAUGGAUUUAUACUAUCAGUCCUACUCUCAGGUUGGAGUACUGUUUGCUUCGAUUGCCAACUUCAAUGACUUCUAUAUUGAGUUGGAUGGGAAUAACAUGGGCGUUGAGUGUUUAAGGCUACUCAAUGAAAUCAUUGCUGACUUUGAUGAGCUAAUGGAUAAAGAGUGCUACCGAGACAUUGAGAAAAUUAAGACGAUUGGCAGCACAUACAUGGCUGCAGUGGGUCUUGUUCCUACAUCUGGCUCAAAGGCAAAGAAUUCCAUCAUUUCACAUCUAUGCACAGUAGCAGAUUUUGCCAUUGAGAUGUUUGAUGUUCUGGAUGCAAUUAACUACCAGUCUUAUAAUGACUUCGUUCUUAGAGUAGGAAUCAAUGUAGGUCCAGUGGUCGCAGGCGUCAUUGGUGCCAGAAGGCCUCAGUAUGAUAUCUGGGGAAACACAGUGAAUGUAGCAAGCAGGAUGGACAGUACUGGAGUACAGGGAAAAAUACAAGUGACAGAAGAUGUCUAUCGUAUCAUUGUAAACCACUAUAAAUUUGUUUGCCGGGGCCAAGUCAGUGUAAAGGGCAAAGGUCAGAUGCUUACUUACUUCCUGGAAGAGCGGCGGCAAGGCUGCAGUCUGUCUAGUUCCCUUCAGCAGCCUCGCAAUGUGGAACAGCGCUUAAGCGCCUUCGGCCAAGGCAGUGUGUGCACCAGACUAAGCCCGGCACCCACAGUGACCACAUAUGCUACAGUCAGGACCUCGAGCCCAUGCGGGGCAAAACCAACAACCUCCACCAGCACUACUAGGUACUUGCCGUCUGUCCCUACAGCACUAGUGUGAAGAAGAAGAGACAAAGAGAUGUUCCUGGCGGUAGGGCACAAUGAGGAAGAUGGACACCCAUCACAUGGGAGGCCCAGAGUCAAACCUCGACCGUUCUUAAGAAGCCUCGAUUGGACUCUCCCUCCCUGCUCGUGUCCUGUUUGUUGUUUGAAACGUCAGGAACAGGAUACAGGAUGCGUUGGGUCUCUUUGCUCUGUAGUCAAAAGCCAAGGAUGUGUCCAGGGUUAUAGAGCAAACUCAUGUGUCCACAACUAGAAUGCAAUCAGCAUCCAAACAGGCACAGUUAAUAGUGUAGCAUGCACGACCCUUGCAAGAGCUGGAAAAUUCCUUUAAUACCAUUAGCUGACCCCUUUCUUUUACCGUAUCGAACCAAAUCAAUGAUAUGUGACAUUGCCUUAGUGACGACAUCUCAGAAUGAGUUUACCGCUACUUAAUGUUGAGUUUUAGAGAUGUUAUUGAUAUUACACAGACGAUGAAUUCUCGCUGGGGCAUUGCUGACAACAAGAUAUUUUAUUUUAAAGUAGAUGGAGCCAAAUGUGUAAUUAUGCCAUAAACUUGCCAAAAUGCAACAGGGCGUGGCCUUUAAUCAUUGCCGCAUCAGGGUACGCUUGAGGCCUCUUCAUCGUAAACCUCUGAUAGCAAAUGAGGUCAAUUUCAUUUGGUGGGGCUAAGCUGCUCAGAUAAAUGCAUGAAGCCACUGCUGCAUUCCAGUCAUGUUGCUCUUUGUCUGCCUGUGAUGCUUGACUUCCAGAUUCUUCCUUGUCAAAGUGUAGCAAUAAAACAGUAUGUGUCCCAUAACAGCACAUUCAUCUCUGCAUGCUGUAGCCAGCUGGAUCCUCAUUUGACCUGAUAGUAGAAAUAGCUAGCAUUAGAAUCUGCAAAGUUAGCCAUGUAAAUCUGUAUUUUUGCUGAGUUGAAGCAUGGCAUAGAAAACUUUUUUCUGUGUCAUGUGUGACUCAUUCCUAAACAGAGGUGGGUAGAGUAGCCAAAAAUUGUACUCAAGUAAGAGUAGCCUUCUAAAUAAUAUUACUAAAGUAAAAGUAAACAAUCAUCCAAAAAUUUAUUCAUGUACAAGUUUAAAAAAAAGUAUUUGUUGAAAAGAAUACUCAAGUAAUGAGUAAGACUGAGUAACUGCGUACCAUGUCUGAUUUUUUAAAAUAAUGUUAUAUUUUUCUCUGCACAAGUUCAUUUAUAUGACCUGUUAUUAUUAUACUGUACUGUAACCUAUUACAUGUCUAUAUGAGGCCAAAAAGAUGACGCAAAAUCAUUCAGACCAGAACAACACUACGAAAUAUAACCUGUCCAAAGAGCAUGAGUGCCCUUCAGGGGAGGGAAAAAAAAAAACGAAACGAAAUGUUUCCUCUUAUUGGUACAAUGGAGUCAUGUGGAUAAUGUUGCGACGUCUCAUUGGUGAAACUGAGACAGCCACUGUCGGCAUAUCUGGCAAAAAUAAAACAGAAAAUGCUUUUACUUUUUACUUGGAAAGUAAAUUGUGAACCAAGUACGUGUACUUGUAUUUUCUUACUUAGACACUAGUACUUCUACUAAAGUAGUCUUUUGCACCUGUAUCUGUACUUUUACUUAACCCUUCAAGACCUGCAACAUGAAGCAAUUAUCAAAGAAUCCCAAAAUUUUAAAAAUAAGGUCCUAAUGAAACUUUUCUUUCCGAAUUUGUAAAAAGAAAUCUCAAAAUGAAUAUGUGUAAUAAGCGCUCUAAUAUCUAUAACCCUAGCUAAAUCCUGUUUUUUUCCCCCUCAUGGAACCUGCAGAUGCAUGUGUUGACUUGCAUCCAUCUUUUUUUUUUUUUUUCAAAAAAUUUUCAAAAUUCCGAAAUUUUAGGUGUAUCAAAUGUGAUAUAUUUGGCAAUAAAGGGUUAAGUUAAAAAAAAAAAAAAAAAAAAAGUGAGUACUCCAUUCGCCACGAGGUAGCGGAGUAAAUGUAACGCGUUACUACCCACCUCUGUUCCUAAUAGAGUUACAACAAAAAAAUGAAAAAAAAAAAGUAAUGUUUCUUUUUUGGUGGGGGGGGGGGGGUUCUAAUAGUAUACUAUUUUUACAAUCUAAUUUGCUUUCAUAUGUAAAAUAUAACUGCUAUCUGUAUGUCUUCCCCAUGAAUACAAAUUCUUACUAUUUUGUGGGAUUGCAUGGUAUACAAUGUAACAAUGAACUCUCCUCAAAUCUCAUGGAGCAUGUACUACCUGGGAGCCGCUGGCUAUUACAUGCAUGCAUUGAUGGAACCUGAACGCAACUCAAGCAGCGGACACUGGUUUAUUAUAGUAUGCAUGUGCUAUACUGGUAGCAGUCCUCUUGAAUGUAAGGUGCUUUCUUGACCUCUGUCUUCUUCAGAAGCUUGGUGUACGAACCUUUUGACAAUUGUGGAGGACAGCGGGACACUCGUGUCGGGGUUCCUCUUCCCUGCCCUUGCUAUUGUCGGCAUUCAAUUGGUUUCUAAUGUGCCAACCUAUUUUCAUAAACAUAUCAAACGUUUGUUUAUUAAUCUGUAGCACAAUGAAUGUGUGACUGCAGUAACUGUGGAUUUUCUUUGUUGAAUGCCUGAAUUUCUAUUCUUUCAGCUGUGUUUUUAUAUCGUCUUAAACAGGGAAAAUGUUGGUAAUCCUUUGGACGCGUUACCUGAGUGAAGUGAUGUUGUGCUUCAUUUGAUAUUGGAAUUGUUUGACUGACUAUAUUAUAGCUCAAAUGCCUGCUUUACAUUUCUAAAAAAUGUUAAGAAUGAUUACUUUUAUACAAUAAUUUUGAGUUGGGGGUUAUGUACAAUAUGUCCCUGUAAAUUGGUUAUUUUCAUACUUGAUGCAAUUGUUGUAUUUAUUUCUCGCUAUUGUACAUUGUAGUCUUUUUCGAAACUAUAUUAUAGAUGAUUCCUUUUGUUUAAGAUGUAUUUAUCAAGAUGUUUUAUGUGAAUCGAAAGAAUACAGUAUUUUGUAUAAGUGUUUGCACUCAAAUGAUAUGGACAAAUUGUGAAUAUGAAAAUAAAGCAAGAAGGUAUGGUUCACGGUGGGGGACGGUACUUUCUCUAAGAAGCACAAACUACAAAGUUACAUAACACUGGAGAAAAACAGUAGCUGACGUAUUAAGGAACACUGUGUUUUUCAGAACGAACGUCAUUCCUCGACCAGUACAAAACAUUGACUGCCCAAAGAGCAUACUUAUGUGGAGAGAGUAGAAACUGUACAAUUACAAUAAAAAGUGACUUAACAUUUUUGUUAGAUCAACCACUUCCAUCAAAUUGCAUUUUGAUUGUAUAAUUUGUGUGUGUGCACGUGUGUUUUCCGUAUGUGUUUACCACCUGCAAGAUACUGGGCAGAUCAAACACAAGCGUGCUAAAGUAAAUAUUAACACACUCUGAGAUAAGGGAGUGGAAAUGGGUCUUUUCGGGCCUCAUUUAUUACCGUGGAGGAGCAACGUAGCCAUCCGUCAACAGUCUCAGUCAGACGCGUCAUUGCUCUUCUGCAUGUGACCAGGAUGCUGUGCGGGGUUAACAACAGUGUUACUACUUCCACCCACCCCUCGCGGUUUCCCAAUGCCCCUCCUGUGUCAUAACAUCCUUUACUGGAAAUGUUGCUGGAAUUUGGACAUAAGUGUGGGAGGGAAAUAAGGACAGAGUGCUUACUUCUUUUUACAAUGCCUUUUUUACAGUGGCUACAAGUUACGAUAUGGGGUCUGGUGUGAUGAUUUUACAUCAUUGGCGGUAUAAGAUAAUGACGUUUGUGUAAUGUUUUCUCAUAUGACAUUGUAGCACUUGAGGACUGAUGCUAGUGAUUGGUUUGGAAAAAUGUAAAGUCCAAACAUUGUGGCUUGCAAUGUUCUACUUAAGUACAUACUGUACUGUUUUAGGUUAUAUUUUUGGGUCACCCUCAUUUCGAAUGAGUCAUUUGAAUCAUGUUUUCUGCCCAGCUUUUUGCUGUUUUCUUCUCCGUGUCAUGCUGAAACUGCUGAUUUGUAAUAUCAGGGUUUGUGAUAGUGAGAUUUACUUCUUAGUUCUGUACUGAUGAAAUGCUAAGGGUCGCCAGUUUACAAGUUACGACUAAAUGAAUGACUAAAAGUAGAAAUGCACAGUAUU